ACCCGCCCUUCAGCGUGACACAGGGCGGAUGAGACUGAGCUGCUCUCGGGUAAAGGCGAGAGGAAAUGCCAGGCUUCGCCCCGGUUUGCACAUUUCUCUACGUGUAGACUGCUUUUAAAGAAGCCGUUACCACUUUAUUCUAGCUCUCCAUUUUGGGUUAUGUGCUGAUAGUAUGAUAUGCUGAUAGUAUGAUAUGUUGGAUCCUGAAACUGCUCCCUCCCGGACCGGAGUGUCUCCUCCCUUUCGCUGAUUUGAUAUGACAGUCUCCGCAGCUCAGAGACACACCGCUGGCAUGGAUGCCUGAAACUGCGCUGAAAAGGGGUAUAGCAAGCGCACUUUAUUUGAAGGAUAUAGAAUAUGCAAGGAUGUGUUUAGCUGCUCUUCUGCUGCUGACGGCCCAAAGCUCCACGGAUCAAGUGGAAAAACCCAGACACCAGUGACUUGGUUACCAUCAGAUUGGAAAAUAUGGCACCUCCGCAACCUUCCAGCAUGGAGGAGCAGUCAGGGGAGCUAUGUGAGCCUGAAUCUGAGGAGGGAGAAAAACAAGGACCAGGACCCCCUUCUGAUGAAGCUCAUCUAGUUACCUAUGAUGCUCCGGAUGGUGGCUGGGGAUGGGUGGUCCUGGUGGCUACCAUCCUUGUCUUGGCUCUGACGCUGGCCUUCCCCUCCUGCAUUGGCAUCUUCUACUUAGAUCUUCAGGAAGAAUUUCAAGCCAGUAACAGUGAGACGUCUUGGGUGCCGUCGAUAAUGACGUCAGUUUUGCAUGCCGGAGGCCCUCUGUGUAGUAUGCUGGUGGAACGCUUUGGUUGCCGGGCGACAGUGAUGUUUGGGGGAGUUCUGAGUGGUUUUGGGAUGGCAGUCAGCUCUUUCUCACAUUCCAUCAUUGACUUAUACAUCACCACUGGGGUCAUCACAGGUCUGGGUUUCUGUUUCAGCUUCCAGGCCGCGGUCACUAUACUUGGCCACUACUUUGUGCGCCGUCGUCCUUUCGCGAAUGCGAUGUCCUCCACUGGCACUGCUCUGGGUCUGUCUACAUUGCCUUUUUUAGGUGACUAUCUGCAGAGUACGCUGGGCUGGAGAGGGAGCUUUCUGGUGCUCGGUGCUGUGCUGCUCAACUGCUGUGUUUGCGGAGCCGUUAUGAGACCCGUCAGGCCUCGCAAGCCCAGAAAGUCAGAGGUGAAGAGCAACGGUCCCAGACCCGCAGGCAAAAAGAGAUGCGUGCUGGGGAUCCUUCAGGGUUUAGCUUCGUUCCUCAGAAAACACAUGGCCUUUGACCUCUUCUGUAGUAACCCUCGAUUUCGGGUGUUUUCAUUGGGCAUCACUUGGAUGAUGCUGGGGUUUGUGGUGCCACUUAUUUACCUGGUCCCGUAUGCAACGGCUCACAAAAUGGAUCCAAGCCAAGCCGCAUUGCUGCUCUCCAUCCUGGGCUUUGUCAACAUCAUUGUGCGGCCUCCCGUCGGAGUGCUCUUCAGCCUGUCCUGGUUUAAAGGUCGACAUGUCUACUUUUUCUCAGCCGCACUCUUCAUAAAUGGGCUCAGUAAUAGUAUCUGCUGCAUUUCUGCCAGUUUCCCAGUGCUGUUAAUGUAUGUCCUGACGUAUGGACUGUCCAUGAGCCUAGUAGGCUCACUGAUGUUCACCGUCCUGAUGGACACAGUGGAGAUGAGUCAGUUCCCUUCUGCGCUUGGCCUUAUAUCCAUCAUGGAAAGCGUUACGCUGCUAAUUGGACCUCCUCUCGCAGGAAUCCUUGUGGACCGUACUGACCAGUACACGUAUGUGUUCAUGGCCUGCAGCAUCUCGGUGGCCUUAUCAGCUCUGUUCCUUAUGGUUUCCUUUUACUGGCUGGACUCCCGUGAUGCAGCCCAGAAGAACAGUUCAUCAGCGUCUGGGUCUCCAGCUAAACCUGCAGUCAGUUUGGCCAUGGACUACCAGUACAGCAGUGUGCCUACAGAUGGGGACAAGACACACAACCCAUCAUCAGAUAUAUGACCUGGAUUAGUUUUCUUUAUGUUUUAGAUAUCGUGAUCAUAUCAGGUACAAAAAUGUUUCUUUGCCAUUUAUUAGUAUCAUAUAAUUUGCUGUUUAUAACUUCUUUAUUUUAGCAUCAAACCUUGCUUGUUUUGUUCAUUGUCAUAUGACACUGGUUUUUGGAAACAUCCCGUCUCACAUCACUGGCUUGCCUUAUGCAGUAUAUUAGGGCCAUGGCACUACAAUGAUAUCCGUUAAUGCAUUCCUCUGAAUUCAAGUGAAUAUUAAUAACACUUCUUCAUUCCUGAUCUAAAUGACAGAAUGCUGAAGUUGUUUGCCCAGCAUUAAGCUAUUUCAAGUCAGAAAAUGUUGAGCAUUGUGACUGAUUUGUUUCAUCUCAUGCUUAUUAUAUUACAUUUCCUUAUUUUUGCCUGUUACACUAUUCUUUGACAGUUUGAGGUCAAUAAGAUUUUUGAAAGAAGUCUCUUAUGCUCACCAAGUCUGCUUUUAUAUGUUAAAAAUACAGUAAAAUCAGUAAUACUGUGAAAUAUUAUUACAAUUUUAAAUAACACAUUUCUAUUUUUAUAUAUUUUAAAAUGUAAAUUAUUGCUGUGAUUAAGCUGAAUUUUUAACAGCCAUUACUCUGGUCUUCAGUGCCUUAUGAUCCUUCAGAAACUAUCUGGUGCUCAAGAAACAUUUCUUCUUACUAGAAAUGUUAAAAACAGUCAUGCUGCUUACAUCUUUUGAUUUAGUUUUUGUAUAUAGAAAGUUCAAAAGAACAGCGUUUGUUUGAAAUAGACAUUUUCAGACUUUUAAUUUAAUGCAUCCUUGCUGAAUUAAAGUAUUAAUUUCUUCUAAAAAUCUUACUAACCUCAAAUGUUUGAAUAGUACUAUAUAUCUCACUGUGUUGUUGAAACACCAUGCACUGAAAGACCUGACCCUUAAGGAAGAUUGUUGGUCUGUUGCGUUUACACAUCCAGUUCCCAAAGGGUGGGAAAGGCACUGUAUAAUAAAUCAUUAAAAA